AUGCCGGAUGCCAAACGUACUUUCAAGAUCAUCACAGAGCAAAGAAUCCUCGAGCAUGCAGAGUCACCUCAACCCGGGUUCCCUUUGCGUCAUUGGAGCAUACAAAUAGUCGUCAUUCAUCAAGAGACGAAGCAAGAUGUGUCUGCAGAAUGUCUACAGAAAGUGACAUACAAGCUGCAUCCCAGCUUUGGCCAAAGAGAAAGACAGAUGAAAAAGUCGCCACCAUUCAGGAUCGAAGAAGAUGGGUGGGGAGAAUUCGAGAUUGAGAUGUAUCUGACCGAUCUCGCUGGCAAAGAACACCAAUUCAAACACGAUCUCAACUUUGCAAGCGAGCGAUACGAAACCAAGCAGGUCAUCACCUUCAAGAACCCCAAAGGUGACCUUGCCAUUGCUCUUCGAGCUUCUGGGCCUGUUCCCGGCGACGCUGGUGGAGAUCUGGUUAAUGGGAAGAAAGGUGGGCGGAUCAGCGGCGUUGGAGGGGGAGAUGGCGAGGCGGGUAAGAAAAGGAGAAAGACUGACAUGCGGGGGAUCGAUAUGGACUCGCUGGCGGAGAAACUGCAGAAGUUGGGAGAAGACGAUCUGCUGCAGGUCGUGCAAAUGGUGCAUGAUAACAAAUCGGAGGACAGCUGGAUGAGGAAUGAUGUUGAACAGGGUGAAUUCCACGUUGAUCUCUAUACUUUACCAGAAAGUCUGAUCAAGAUGCUGUGGGAAUUUACCAAUGAAAAGGUGGGAGUUUCAUAG